AUGUUUCCGUCGAAUGAAUUACCGAAAAUUAUUGCUGAUGAUACCGUCGUGCCAGUUCAAUCUGACAAUGAAAAACAAACACAUAAAAAGCGAAAGUUCAUAAUACCAACGUCAAAUGAACAAUUGAUGACGCUUGUCUGUAUUCUUUUUAUUGUAUUCAUUAUUGCAAGUGCUGUACUAAUCGGACUGGUGUCAGUUUUUCUACCAAGACCAACUGAUAACAGUUCAACAAUCGAGACAAUAACUGUCACCUAUCUUUUCCCCAUCACUUCACAAACGAGCAAUGAUUUAUUUUCAAAUAAUAAUUCUCUAAUAGCGAAUUAUUAUCUGAAUAACAAUCAGAAGAACAUCUUCAAAGCGUGUUUACAAUUACGAUUGUCUGAAGAUGAUCGAACCAAACAAAUGACCAUUCUUUCGAUCGGUAAUGCACAUAUUCUAUCUGCAAAUGAUACUAAAACGAACUCUACAUCGAGAAGGAAGCGUCGUCGACAAAUAUUGCCUCGAAUUGAUCAAGUAGAGAUAACACUCACAAUGCAGUGUUAUCCAUCGAUAUCAAAGAUGGAAUGUCGACAGGAUAUUGAGUCCGUUCUGAAUACUAAACAAUCACUCACGUGUACAACAGCAGAUGAAACGAUGAUUGCAACAAGCUCGUCGAGUUCGACAGAAAUGAAAGAUGAACAAGUUGCCCAUAUUCAACACUGGCGACAAGUUGGCCAACUAUUCCUUGCCUUUGGAUUGACAUCAUUGGUAGGACUUGAAAGACAACUGCGAGGUAAAAAUGCUGGUCUACGUACGCAUUCUAUUGUGGGAACAACGUCUGCAUUGAUCCUACAAGUGAGUAAAUAUGGCUUUAGUGAUGUUAUCCAUGAAGGAAUGGUUGUUCUUGAUCCGUCUCGAAUUGCUGCUCAAAUUAUCUCGGGCAUUAGUUUCCUUGGUGCUGGCCUAAUUAUUACACGUCAGAGAGCGAUUCGCGGGUUAACUACGGCUGCUUCAGUGUGGUCAGCAGCUGCGAUUGGCAUGGCUGCUGGUUGUGGACUUUGGGUUUUGUCAUUGGCUGUUACUGGUCUUCACUUUAUCAUUUUACUUGGCUUUUUGCCUUUAGAAAAACGGCUUCCAGUGUUUGAUAAAAACUCACCAUUUUACUUAAAAACUGAUCCAAGGAAAGACAAUGAGGGCAGCAAUGACGAGAGUGACGAAGACGCUCAGUCUCUUUAA